AUGCAUCUGAUGCAGGGGCAGGAGCUUCAAGUAGACUUCACAGGAUUCACCUACAGUCCAUUCAACAUUAGGACUGAAAGUGAUGACGAAGCUCCUGUUAUGAGGGGUCAACUCAAGGCCAUACAUGAAAAACUUGACUCGUUGCUUCAUGCUUCAAAGCCAUCACCAACUGAUGAUUAUUCUCAAGCUACAAUCAACUUCCUCCGUGAGACACUUACCAAGCACUCAGCCAAUCUUGAGAGGAUGAAAAAGGCAGUAAAUGCCUUUGCUACUGUCUGCAACAGCACGACCAAAAAAGUUGAUAAACUAAUUUCUGAAGCCACUGCAUUCAUGGAAAAGUUCCAAACCUCCUUUGAGUCCAACACUGCGAAGGCUAAUAAAGUCAUUUCUAGCCUUGGCUCAUCCAUCAAAAUCGAGAAGGCAAAACUUCAAGUGGUUUGCACUGGCCUUAAAUCCAACUAUGACGAGUUCCAGUCAUAA